ACAACUCUCAGAAACUCUUCGUCGGAAUCUCCUGCUACACCAGAAAAUAGUGUGGAUAGUUCAGUUCAAGUGAAGAGAAAACGAGGAAGGCCAAAAAAGUCUGCUCAAACUAAUGAAGAGGAAACUGACAACCCAAUGACAGCAAUACAAAGUAAAACACAUAUCAAAGCUGAAACAGACAAUACUGAAAAGACAGAUGUUGAUGGAGCAUCAAAUAAAACCAAGAUAAAAUAUGGUCAGAAAAUGUCAAUGAAAGAAUCCAGUACAUCAGAUCUUGCUAGUUUUGAGGGAAAGGAAACAAGUCAUUACCCAGAUACUGGGAUUGCAAAUGGUUCUGAAAAGAAAGAGAAACGGAGAGAGGUUCAUGUAAAUUACAAAAGCUGCUCAGAUGAUGAAGGUGGAGGUUUGGUUAUUGAUGAGGGCGAAGAUGAUGCUGCUGAGAAAAAUGAAAAACUUCAGAACGCAGAUUUAAAAAAACCUGUGAGGAAAAGGUCAAAAACUGGAGACAUUACUGAGACUGAUGAAGAUGAUAGCCUUGAUAAGGAGCUUAACAGUCCCAAAAGAAAGGGCAUUCCAAAGAUUACAGACAGUGAUGAAGAUGUCCAAGAUAAUCCUAUUAUCAAGUCAUCUUCUGCAAGUAAAUGUGUUCAGGGAAAACAGCUGAAAAGAAAAUCUGCAGAUUCAAAAUUGGCAAAAGAUGAAGAGGCAGAGAAGAUUAAAGCAAUGGCAGAUGCAAUGAAAAAGAAAAUUGAAGAAAGGAAGUUGGAAUCUGAAUCUAAAAAAGCCAAAACUGUGUCUCAGGUUUGUACUGAUAGAGAUAAAAUUACAUCUGUGAAAGAUGUGCCUUCAACAGUCAAGACACAUGAUGACAAAAAUGAUUCAUCAACAUCAUAUCAAGGCACUGACAAGCCAUCCUCUAGCAACUUAUCAUCGGUUGUGCAGGAUUCAAAAAGUACUACUCAAACUCUGAAGAAUCAAACAAUGCAGCCACCGUCUAGGGAAAGCUCUUCAGCUAAUGAACCUCCAAAUAAAGAGAGCAUUUCCUGUGAACAGGUUCAGUUUGGAGUGGACAGUAUUCUUCAGUCCUCAGAAUUUCGACCAAGGGCUGAUGCGCUUAAGGGAUCUGUUAUUGAAACCCUGGCUGCCCAACAUGGUAUGUCGCACAUAGCACUUCCCAUCGAUGACAAUGUCACAUAUCAUCACUGGACCCUCGGGGAUAUCAACGCACUUAUCAGGGUCAAAUACCAUGGAUUUAUGCAGAACCAGGGACUUGUGCAUAUUGCCCCCAAAAUGGAGUACCAGCCAAUAUUUGGAUAUGAGAGAGAGACGCUGAAUGAGGUGGCAAAAAACUGGGCUUCCAUUUACGUCCGACCAAACUCUUCACUUGUAAGAUGUCGUGUGAAUGCUUUCAACUCGGAGAUUAUGAAGAUUGAGGCUGUGCAGUUUCAGGACCUUGUACCCCCUGAGUCCCUGUUCUGUCCUAAACAAGCAUUUGCGGACCUAGACAUGAUUCUGCAACAAAUCAAAAGCCUGAGUGUUGGACAGUACCUUGUUAGGAACAACCCGAAGAAAGAAACAAUGAACAUCAUGAAAGCUGUUACUGAACCAGACAGUACUAGUUAUGACCUUCACCUUGCACACACGACCUUAAUGAUGUCCAAGGUCAACAAGCCACCAGUGGUUCAGUGGUUGCCGAUAGAUACCAGGCACCUGCUGCCCCAUCAUAGGAAGUUGAACCUCAUACCUUGCACAUUCCCCCCACCCGACAUGGGGCCUGUUGAGAAAAAGAAAUUCCAGCGCAAGAAAAAAAAGAAGUCAAAGAACAAACAAAAACCAUAGUCAGGUAGUGUAAAGGUGCAUAGAAACUUCAAAAAGAACCAACCAAAAUCAUAAUCAAGUAGUGGAAAGAUGCUUAUAAACUUCAUUAGAAAAAUCUCGACAUGGUCUCUUGAUUGUUGAAAAAAAGUGAUGCAAAGAUCACUAGUGCUAGUGAUCACAUAUGCUUGAAUAAAUGUGUAAUGAAUAUAUGUUCAAUGCAAAUUGCACUAAUUAUUCAUCAAUUGUUAUGCAUUUUGUUGUUAAAUGUUAUAAUUUAAUAAAAAUUGCGUCUAUUC